AUGGCGGCUGCUGAACUCUCUAAUUUAUGUUCUCAGCUCUCACUCCAAGAGGGAGAGAAACCAAAAGUAGUUAUUAGCCAGGAUCUGUUGGAAGAAGGCGACGGUGGUGCUCAGUUUUUCUCUUUAAUUGGAAAGUUUUUCACUGAAAAGAAGGCCAAUUUGGAGGGAAUGAGAACAACUUUGUUCAACGCUUGGAAAUUGCAAAUGGGGCUGAUAGUAAAGGAGGUAGGGGAAAAGAUCUAUAUGUUCCAGUUUAAGGAUGAGGCAGAGAGGGAUCGAGUUUUGGUCACUCAGCCGUGGCAUUUUAAUAGGAUUUUGUUGGUUUUGAAGAAAUACGAUGGGGUCGAGAAGCCUGAGGAAGUGGAUUUUACGUUCUGUCCUUUUUGGGUUCGUAUUUUUGAUCUUCUUCCAAUCAUGAUGACGGCGAAGGUAGGCGCAGCAGUUGGAGAGCUAAUCGGGCCUGUUUUGGAGGUCGAUGAACAGUGGGGAGAAGUCGAGUUUCGGUAUGAAUCAAUGCCGGAUAUUUGCUUGGUUUGCGGGAUGUUUGAUCAUAUUAGUGAGAAUGAUUGUCCAGUGGCUACUGAAAUGAGGUUGAAAUUGGGGCGAGUUAUCAGGAGGUUUACACCUUGGAUUAGAGCAGAAUCCCCUCGUUUCAAACCUAGCAGGUUAAAUGGAGGGGAUGGUAGUUUUCGCUUGAGCGAUUCAGCAUCUCGGCGGUUGAGUCUUUUAUCAGUCGCGUCAGGCUCUUCAUUUCAUUCAGUCCGAGGAGGGCGAGAUUUGCAACCUUCUCCCUCUGUGGGUGACAAUCGUAGGAGUAACCGGCCUCAUGUUGAUAGUAUGGUGUUGCGGGGUAAACAGGUGGCGCGUGCCCUGUUUUCAGAUGAUGAGUCGUGUGAGAUUCUAUCUCGGCAGCCGAGGAAUGAGGGUCCAAGGAUUGCGGACCAAGAUGAGUUAGUUGGUGCCGUUGCGAAAAGAGUGGAAACAGUUGCGCAGAGAGUGGAACCAACUCAGAGUUACACAGAUGAGGCUGAUGAGCUAUAUGGGGAUUUGGGCUUGGACUUGGCGACGGGUAUUGGGCCUUCGACUUUGGGCCUAGGAGGAUCAAGGCAGCCUCACAAUGGUAGUGGGCUGAAUAAGAUGAAUAAUAUGGGUUCUGUUUUGGGUAAUGAGAUUCCUGGAAUUGAGCAAUUCAGGCUGGGCUUGGGAGAUAUAGCUGCUGGUUUGGAUAACUCGGUGCCUAAGGAAGGGGUUUUAUCAACGCAGAAUUUAGCAUUGCUGCAGAAUGACCAGGUUAGACAAUUAUUAGCUGACUUAGCUGCUGCCUCUCCCUCCUUUGUUUUUGGGGCAACUACUUCUACUUCUUCUCCUUCUCGCCGUGUAAGGAAGUGGAAAAAGGCUGCACGUGCUUCACAGUCCACUUCUCUUAAUCUGGUGGCUGGUCAGAGUAACGUUAAGGAGGGGCGAAAGAGGCUGUCUGGCAGUAGUAUUCUAAUGCCAAAUACCGGUGGUUUGGUGAAGCGGUCCCGUGAGCAUGCUAUGGAGGUUGGUUCGACGCAGUCAGCAGGUCAAGACGUAGAGGGGUUGGCGCCUUAUUUAGCUGGCAACAGUGGAAAGGAUGUUGCAACGAAGCAGGAAAAUGUGAGAACUGUUAGUGAGAUGGAUUGGAUUAGAUCUCGUUUAGGAUUUGAUUAUUGUUUUGCUGUGGAUUGUAAUGGCCGGUCUGGUGGAUUGGCUUUUUUGUGGAUGGCUGAUAAUAAUGUUUCGCUUUUGUCUUAUUCUUUUUUCCAUAUUGAUGUUUGUAUUGGUAGUAGUGAUAUUGAUAAAUGGCGUUUUACUGGAUUUUAUGGUAGACCAGAGACCUAUAAACGUCAUGAAUCCUGGGCUCUUCUUCGUUCCUUAUGUGAUAGGUACUCUAUUCCUUGGCUAUGUGCUGGGGAUUUCAACGAAUUAAUUUCCAGUGCAGAGAAGGAGGGUGGAGCUUUGAGAUCUAGUCGUCAAAUGGAUUUGUUUAAGUCUGUAAUUGAUUACUGUGGUUUCCAUGAAUUGCCUGUAGUAGGUCCUUUGAUGACUUGGCAUCGUAGGAUUAAAGGGGAAUUAGUUUUUGAAAGGCUGGAUAGGAGUUUUGCUACUGAGUCAUGGUGGAGAAAGUUUGGUUCUUCUUUUGAAAAGCAUUUGAUAUCCUCCGCGUCAGAUCAUCUCCCACUCUUAAUUUCUAUAUCUAGUAGGACACAAGUUUUUUCAAAACGUAAAAGGAGCUUUAAAUUUGAAGAUAUGUGGUGUUCUCAUGAGAAUUUUGAAAAAAUAGUUAAAGAUUCUUGGUGCUCAUCUAGCCAGGAAAUUGCAUCAAAGUUAGCAGACUGUAGUUUAGCUUUGGAGCAGUGGAAUAAAACAGAAUUUGGCAAUUUGCAAUGUAAUAUAGCCUAUAAAAAGAAGGAGUAUGAAUUGCUUUAUGCUGAUUAUGGUGCGGGUAGUAUGGUGCAAUUUGAAAAAUGUAAAUUGGAGUUGGAUAAGUUAUAUAGGAGGGAGGAGUUGCUUUGGCGGCAACGUUCCAAGGCCUUAUGGCUAAAGGAAGAUAUGAUAUCUAGAUUGGAUGCUUCUUUCACGGCAAAGGAGGUUAAAGAGGCGGUUUUUCAGAUGUCCUGUUCAAAGGCGCCGGGUCCAGAUGGUUUUUCACCGGGUUUUUAUCAAAGGUGUUGGCUUAUAGUGGGAGCUGAUGUUACAUGUUUUGUGCUUGAUUUUCUUAAUAAUGGAGAAACACAAAGUGCUUUUGUACCAGAUCGAAUGAUUUAUGAUAAUGCAAUGAUUUCUUUUGAAACUGUUCAUUUCAUGAGGAAUAAAAGAACUGGACGGCAGGCUCAUAUGGCUCUUAAGUUGGAUCUCAGUAAAGCCUACGAUAGAGUCGAAUGGACUUUUUUGGAGGAAACAAUGCGAGUCAUGGGUUUUCCAAUAAAAUGGGUUUCCUUGGUUAUGAAGUGUGUUCGGUCAGUUUCUUAUUCUGUGAUAGUAAAUGAUGAGCAAUGCCAACGUUUUAUUCCAUCUAGAGGAUUAUGGCAAGGUGAUCCUUUGUCACCUUAUCUGUUCGUGCUAUGUAUGGAGGUUUUUUCUAGCAUGAUUGAGUCAGCUAAUGGGACAGCGGAAUAUUUCUCAACAGGGCAUUUCAUGGAAGCUCGGCUUGGCUCUAAUCCGUCGUUUGUUUGGCGUAGUUUACUUGCGGUUAGGAAAGUAAUUGAAGAGGGUUCUCGGUGGAGGGUAGGUAGUGGUAAUCUUGAUGUAUGGGAAGAUUGCUGGGUUGAUAAUUUAAACUCUUGUCGUCCUUUGCCACGGAUUGAUACGCAUAAACCAUCAAUUAGAGUGGCGGAUCUCAUUGAUUUUGAAAACCGGUCAUGGAAUAUUGAUAUGGUGUUGAAUACGUUUGAGAAGGAGGAUGCUUGGCGUAUUCUCAGUCUUGCUAUUCCUCGACAGCCGGUUCCUGAUAGAUUAAUUUGGAAUGAUAACAAGCUGGGUUGUUUCUCGGUACGCUCUGCUUAUUAUAUGGCGAGAAGAUUAUUGGGCCGUGAUGUGAUGCCUAUUGGAAGUCGUUUACCCAUUUGGAAGUACAUAUGGAGUGCUUCUGUUCCGCCUAAAAUUAAAUAUUUUGCUUGGCGCCUGGUUUGGAAUAUUUUGCCAGCCAAAAAUAUAUUAAGGCAUAGAGGUCUAGAUGUUAGUGACAAUUGUGAGGUUUGUGUGGAGGUUGAAACAUCGAUUUACCAUGUUUUUUUCGGUUGCCGGUUUAGUGAGCUAGUUUGGGAGAGCGUCUGCCUUUGGGUUCCGAUCUGUUUAGAGCAAUGGGACUCCGAGACUGAUUUUUGGAAUUACUUUGUUGAUAAAGCGGCUACUGUUGGUCACUUGGACAAGGCUUUAUAUGUAUUAUGGGCAUUACGGUACAAUCGGAACAGGUCCAUGCAUGAUUCGACUUGUUCUACACCUGCUGCAUUGGUGAAGUUAGUAGUUUCCAUGGAAGCACAAGUUGCUAAUGCAAUAGGGGUUAAUAUUGUGGACAAUCUUAGUAAACACAAGCAGGUAGAGUGGAAUCCGCCACCACCUGGCAUACUGAAAAUAAAUUCGGAUGCCUCUUGUUGUGCUGCUAGAGGAGAGGCAGGUUUAGGGGUUGUGAUCCGUAAUAGCAAUGGCGAGGUAGUGGUUUCAGGAUCGAGAAAGUUAUACUUUGUUUCUGAUCCUUUAUAUGCUGAGGUCCAUGCCAUACUUUUUGGCUUCGAAUUGGCACUGGAAUAUGGUGUGGAUGAUUGUAUGUUUGAAAGUGAUUCGCUUUCUGCUAUUACUGAGAUUAAAAAGCAUGGUUUAUCUUUUUGGGAAGGGGGUGUUCUAAUAGAUGAGAUAAGGGAUUUGGCAACUUUAUUUGACAAAUGUACUUUCCAUUUUGUUAAUAGGGAAGCCAACGAUUUGGCACAUAGGAUAGCUAGUUUAGGGCUUGACGAUGUGUGGUGCGGGAGUGUUCCUCCUAGCGUUUUGUAA